AGUUGGACGAGUUGGACGCGUAUCUCUUUGUAACGGAUCUCGGAACGCCGUGGGAGUCGGAAAGUCGGAAAAUCGCUAGACGCGUGUUCGCUGCGUUGGUGUGCGUGCGUGCGUUUGCCAGUGUGCGUGUGUGUGGGUGUGCGAGCGGGUGAGCGAAUAAAUAAAUAAAUAAAUCGCCAAGUCGGGCCUGGAAAAUGUGCGAGCUAAUCAAAUAAAAUGCCCCCGUUUCUGGCCAAUUGAGAAUUGUGGCUAAACAGAAAAUUCGACGGGAGUUCAAAAAAACAUCCAGUGAAUAAACACAGAAAAUAAACAUAAAAUUAGUUGAUUUUUUAUUUUCGCUUUUAAUUUAUUAACGAGAAAAUAUUGGACUAAAAUAAAAAAUAAAGAAAAAAGUGUACGUGACAAGAGCCCAAAAAAAAGUGGAAAAAAUAGCGAAAAUAAUUCGUGCGUGCGAAAAAGUGCUGCGAAGUUUUAUGGCCCAUGCAAAAAGUGCUAAAUUUGUAAAUGGCAUGGAAAGUGCAGAGCUCUGAUUAAAAAGCCGCGAAGAGUGGAGCGUGAGGUGCCCAGAAACGCAACCAACUACUGCCAAACGGAAAUUAUUAUUAAAGUUAUUAAAACCAAACAACGACCCCCGAAAAAACUAAUCAAACAGAAAAUUGUGCUAAUUCUGUUUAAUCGAACACCAUCCACGUUGGAUCCCCAUCGCAUAUAAUGUCAUCAAAAUGUAUUUUCAACAUUGUAUUCGUAUCGAUCAUUUUCAUCAUCAUCGUAAAUGGUUACGCAAAAGAUAUUUCUGGAGUUAAAAGAGGUCAUGAACGACUUAACGAAUACAUAUCCCACUAUGAAACACUCAACUAUGAUCAUGAGCACAUUCGAGCUAGUCACAAUAGAGCGCGACGAUCAGUGACCAAAGAUCAUUAUGUACAUUUAAAGUUUGCAUCACAUGGAAGAGACUUCCAUCUUAGAUUAAAACGUGAUUUAAAUACAUUUAGCAAUAAGUUAGACAUUUAUGAUAGCAAAGGUCCCAUUGAUGUCUCCACGGAUCAUAUCUAUGAGGGCGAAGUGAUAGGGGAUCGUAAUAGUUAUGUAUUUGGUUCCAUACACAAUGGGGUAUUCGAGGGUAAAAUUAUAACGGAACGUGAUGCCUAUUAUGUUGAACAUGCCAAACAUUAUUUCCCCACAAAUCGCACGGCGAAAACACCACCAACUCCGACGACAACGUCGGCUCCGAGGAGCAUCAGCACCGUAAAAAACACACAACCAACACGGCCUUUGGCCCGAAAUAACAACAAUAGCAACAACAACAGAACUGCCGUUGAUAGUAAGACAGAAAACUUCAUAAAGAAAAUUGCUGAAUCCACAACGACGACCCAGCAGCUCCCAGAGCAUUCCGAUACGUCGUCGUCGUCGUCGACAACAUUCCCACCCACAACGGAGAAUUCCGAGGACGCGAAGGAGCACAAUGCCGAGGACGAACUUGAUUUUCACUCCAUUAUCUACAAGGAGUCACAUGUCGAGGACGCCUACGAAAAUGUGCGCGAAGGUCACGUGGCCGGCUGUGGCAUCACGGAUGAGGUCUCUGAGUGGAUGGAGAACAUACAAAAUUCAGCCGUCGAAGAGUUGCCGGAGCCUAUGUCAAAGGACUACCAAAAGCUCCACCGGAAGCAGCUGCACAAAAAGUCCGCCCCACAGCAGCAGCAGCAGCAGCAACAACAGCAGCAACAACAGCAGCCCCAUCCGCCCAAGAAAUACAUCAGUGGCGAUGAGGAUUUCAAGUACCCCCAUCAGAAGUACACGAAAGAGGCGAACUUCGCCGAGGGUGCCUUCUAUGAUCCUUCCACCGGACGUCGCCUGGGCUCAUCCGCCAACGUGGCCGACUGGCAUCAGCUCGUCCACGAGCGCGUCCGCCGGGCCACCGACAAUGGAGGUGGCUCCGGGGGCUCAUCCGGCGGACCUGGACGCGGUCGCGAGGACAACAAGAAUACCUGCUCGCUCUACAUUCAAACGGAUCCAUUGAUUUGGCGCCAUAUACGCGAAGGCAUAGCUGACCAUGAUCGUGGGCGCAAGUACGAGGUGGACGAGAAAACGCGCGAGGAAAUCACAUCGCUGAUUGCACAUCACGUGACGGCCGUUAAUUACAUUUACCGCAACACAAAGUUCGACGGACGCACCGAGCAUCGCAACAUACGCUUUGAGGUGCAACGAAUUAAGAUCGAUGACGAUUCGGCCUGUCGCAAUUCCUAUAAUGGCCCACACAAUGCCUUUUGCAAUGAGCAUAUGGAUGUCUCAAACUUCUUGAAUCUCCAUUCCCUGGAAGAUCACUCGGACUUUUGCUUGGCCUAUGUAUUUACAUACAGAGAUUUUACUGGCGGUACUUUGGGACUGGCCUGGGUGGCCAGCGCCUCGGGAGCCUCAGGUGGAAUUUGCGAGAAAUACAAGACCUACACAGAAACGGUGGGCGGACAGUAUCAGAGCACCAAGCGAUCCCUUAAUACGGGAAUCAUCACCUUCGUUAACUACAACAGCCGGGUGCCGCCGAAGGUGUCGCAGCUAACCCUGGCCCACGAAAUAGGUCAUAACUUUGGAUCACCUCACGAUUAUCCGCAGGAGUGUCGCCCCGGUGGCCUCAACGGCAAUUUUAUUAUGUUUGCCAGUGCCACCUCGGGUGAUCGGCCCAACAAUUCGAAGUUCUCACCCUGCUCCAUUAGGAACAUCUCAAAUGUGCUCGACGUGCUGGUGGGCAACUCGAAGCGGGACUGCUUCAAGGCCUCGGAGGGAGCCUUCUGCGGCAACAAGAUCGUGGAGUCCGGCGAGGAGUGCGACUGUGGGUUCAACGAGGACGAGUGCAAGGACAAGUGUUGCUACCCUCGCCUGAUCAGCGAAUACGACCAAUCGCUGAACUCCAGUGCCAAGGGCUGUACACGCCGCGCCAAGACGCAGUGCUCGCCAUCGCAGGGUCCUUGCUGCCUGUCCAACUCCUGCACCUUUGUUCCGACGAGCUACCACCAGAAGUGCAAGGAGGAGACGGAGUGCAGCUGGUCGAGCACCUGCAAUGGAACGACCGCCGAGUGCCCGGAGCCACGUCAUCGGGAUGACAAGACCAUGUGCAACAAUGGAACUGCACUGUGCAUUCGGGGAGAAUGCAGUGGAUCGCCUUGUCUGCUCUGGAACAUGACCAAGUGUUUCCUCACCUCGACCACGCUGCCGCAUGUGAAUAAGCGCAAGCUGUGCGACUUGGCCUGUCAGGAUGGCAAUGACACCUCCACUUGUCGCAGCACCAGCGAGUUUGCGGAUAAAUAUAACAUCCAGAAGGGUGGCAUCAGUUUGCAGCCAGGUUCGCCUUGCGACAACUUCCAGGGCUACUGCGAUGUGUUCCUCAAAUGUCGAGCCGUGGAUGCAGAUGGGCCGCUGGUGCGACUGAAGAAUCUGCUGCUCAACCGGGAGACCCUGCAGACGGUGGCCGAGUGGAUCGUCGAUAACUGGUAUCUGGUGGUUCUGAUGGGCGUGGCCUUCAUCGUGGUCAUGGGGUCGUUUAUCAAAUGCUGUGCCGUGCACACACCCAGCUCAAAUCCGAAGAAGCGACGGGCUCGUCGCAUCAGCGAAACUCUGAGAGCUCCCAUGAACACGUUGCGAAGAAUGCAACGUCAUCCCAAUCAGCGAGGAGCAGGUCCUCGAAGCAUACCGCCACCGGCGCACGAGGCGCAGCAUUAUCCCCGUAGCAGCGGCGGCGGUGGAGGAGGAGGUCGCCACGGUGGCUCCAGAUCGCAUCACCAGUCGCAUCCCCACGAUUGGGAUCGCCAGCAGGGUGGUCACUCAAUCGUUCCACUGCCCACCGGCGGCAGCCAUUCGAGUCGUAACUCGGCGGCGAAUCAGGCGAGAAGAAGCGAUGGACGCGGCACACGAUCCACCAGCAGUGGGCGACCACAGGCGACGACGAGCGGAAGUGGAGCCACAAGUGGAGCAGCGCGAUCACAUGGCGGGUAUGGAGCCGAGCAGGCGAUACCGGGUUCCAUUGGUGGUGGUGUCCAGGCGGCCAUUAGCAGCGGCGGUGUGGUGGCUCGGGCCCAGCUGCCGCUGCCAUUGCCGCCGCCAAAUGCACAGCAGCAACUGCAACAACAACAACUACAGCUUCAGCAACCGGCAAUUUCGCCGCAGCAGCAACCACAACAAGCGUUCUACACGCCGAAAGGCGUCGCGCCGCCGCCGCUACAAGUAAGCUUUAGUCGGCCGACAUCGUUGCACGAGCAACAGCAGCAGCAACAUCAUCUGCAACAGCAGCAGCAGCAGCAAUUGGAGUCACAGCAGCAGCAGCAGCACGCCUACGCCGAUGCCUAUGCGGCCUUGGGGCGGGGCCAAUAUGAAUCCACCACCCGGGCGCCCAACAAUAGCAAAGUUUGACAGCCAAAAGUGGCAAUGGAGCGCCAUAAAAGGCCAAAGGCUAAGCGAAUCAAGCAGCAUCAGCAGCAACAACAACAACAGCAAACAACACAGCCCAAACAGCAACAAAAGCAAAAACCACAUAAAUCAAAUGAACUCAAAUUAAAUGUAAAUGUAAUUUUUAUGCUAAUUAUUUUUAUUUAAACAAUGUUUGUAUGCCACAAGGGAAAACCGCCAGAAAAAACUACAAAAAAAAAUUGAGACAAAUUUCGUAAUACAGAAAAAGCUA